AUGCCACAGUUAAGGUCAGGGAAAGUGGUAACUGUCAGGGAGGUGAAGUUAGCUGACAGGAUGGUCACCAGGCCAAGCUCUCUGGGUGCGGGCGUGGGACGCGAGCCAGGGAAGGUGGUGGUCAGGCAGAGUCCUCACUUGGCACCAAAGAGAAAACCUGAGCAGCCCUUAUCUUCCUGUCUGCAACCUGCCAUGCUCUCCAGCAUUUCCUGUGAGCAAUUUGCUCCUCUUGCGCCCAUGCAGAAGGAGCAAGGCAAGAGUAGCCAGAGACUCCGAGGUAAAAAAACCAAGGGGAUACAGUGCAGGAGGGCUGCCAGAAGCAAGAAGGGUGUAGGUCUGCCAAUUUCAGACACUGCUGUAUGUGAAGAUUGGCAGGCAGCAACCAUGGCUGCAGCAACGUGCUGGGAAGAGACUGUAAGGAGAGGGACAGGACAAGGUCAACAGCUAUUUUUCUCAGGACAUACUUUGCAAAAGAAAUUCUCGGCAGGAAUUGAAAGGAGAGAACAUAGCUCAGAAAGACUGAACCUCUCAGGUUUCCAGGAGAGUUCAGGGAGCUCAGGAAAAAAAGACAAAUAUUCCUAUAUGGAAAUAAAAUUACAAAUCCCAUCCUCAGAGGAAGAAAUUGAGAGUACAGAGAGACAUGGCAUUUCCUGUGUGCCAGAACCAGAGGUGCUGCAGCCCAGAAAGGGCACAUGUAGUACUGAAAUGAAAAGCACUGACUCCAUAAUGAUACUGAAAAUGCAAAUCCCAGAUCUUAAGAACAAUUUGGGGACUCGGGAAUCCUUGUCUGAACCAAAACCUCGGGAAGAGGUAGAUAUGCCAGAGAAGUUGGAUGGGUGUUCUUUAAUUGGAUCAAGAAAGCCAGGGACACAGGAGAAAGGAAAGAGAUGCUUGAGCAAGAAAGGUGGGUCAUCUUUGAUGCAGCUAAAACUACAAGGUCCCAGAGAGAGGGGUAGGUCUGCCUUGCUAGGACUGCAUACACAGUGUCCAGAGUCCAAGAAGGGAGCUGUGAGUCUGAGGAAGCGGGGCAGAAAUGCACUGGUGUCACAGCGGCUACAGGCUCUAAGUAGCCAAGAACAACCAACAACCAGAGGAAAGGUGCACAAGUGUUGCAUGAAAGACGAGCAGCAGAGCUCAAACCCUCAGAAAGGAGCAGACAACCUGGAGGAAAGUGCAAAGGAAAAAUGGAAGGCAGUUGAGCAAGACGCCGGUAGACAGGCUGUGAAGAAGCUUAAGACAAAUCGAAACAGAUCAGAAGAUUCUGAGGAAAAGGAGCCUCGCUACUCUAAAUCUCCUGUGGUUGGUACUUUAGGUGGGACUCAAAGCAAGAGCUUUCUGUGCUAUCCUGUAACAAAAAAGUCUGGUGUGCAGUAUAAAAAAAGGAAAUCCAGGACUGAUCAAAUCAAGUGUUUGCAAAGUUUUAGUGUGACUACAGCUGAAAAAGUGAGAAAUGUAUCCGCAAAAUGGGAUGCUGAACAUUGCAGAAAUGCCCUAAACCAUUGCAACAGCUUGCUCUGUGCAGUGGAAAAGAAUCCAUUUGUGAGACUGGAGGCCUGUAGUUACAUCAAUACAUUUGUGAAGUCUUCAGCUAGUGGAACUACCAGCAGUUAUAAAUUAAGUGGAUUCUUCCAUGUAGCCCAGGAUAAAAGAAAGCGUGUUUUUCCUGAUGGUACUGUAGAACAGAGUGAUAUGAAUUGCAGCACUAGUAGAAUGCAAAAUGAGAGAUCACCCAUAAAAGGUGGUUUAAUGUUUAAUAAAGAAAAAACUCAAAACAGAAAAGGGUGUUUUUCAUGCUGUCAAAGUGAAAACAGUAACUGUUUAAGGGGAGAAAAGUGGAGUAUUGGUAGAAAGCCUAGAAAAAAGAUUAAAAUCACUGAGAAAUCAGCAGUGCAGAAUAUUUUCACAGACAUGGCUAAUGAAUGCAGUGAGUGUGAGUUACAGACAGAAGCAGCAGUUGCCGUGUCAAGCUCCUUUGCAGUCUUAGGACUAAAUCAUAAAGAAAUUACUCUGUCAGGUUCAUGUGAUCAUACAUCAGAUCUUCAUACAGGAAAAUAUACUUAUGAAGCACAAAAUAUGUCAGUCUGGAGAAAGAACACUACUAAAUUACUUGCAUAUGAAGAUGGUUUUAAUAAGACAUCUGAGCUCUCUGUAAUAGCAAAAGGAGAAAAUUCAAACAGUGGGGCACAUCAUUCUGCUGCCUCAGGUAGCCUGAGAGUGCUAGCUCAGGUCCGUGAUGUUUCUAAUUGUCACAAAAGCAAGACAGAUGAAAAAUUGAGCGAAGUUAAUAAGAAAUUGCAGCAGUUUACCUGUCAAAGAACAGUACCUAUGACUGGUAAAAAUGUUUGGCCUUUUGAAUCUUGUGCCAGGACUUCUGAAUGGGUUCGUAAAAAUCAUGGGUCCAUCUCGGAAGGAGAAAGACUUUUAAGGGCUGCCUUCAAGGAAUCCUCUCAUAAAAGCAGUGUUAAAGAUGUAGGAAACAGUGCUGUGACUGGGAAUUUGAGAUGGUUGGAUUUGCAUACGUCAUCGGCAGAAAGUAACAAAGAAUCUACACAUAAACUAAUGGAUCCAAAUACUGAAUGUCUGACUUCACUUGAAACACCAGAAUCCUCUUCCAUGGGUAUUUAUGAGACUUUGAAAAUGAGCAAUGAAAAAGUGGAAUCACCAGUUAAUAUGGAUAGAAGUGCCGUGGCUUUUAACCAUGAUGAUGUGCAAGAAGUUAAAGCAGCCUUGAAUUUUACAAGAAAACAAAAAAAUAAAGGAGCUAUAACAAAAAGAAAACUCUCUGUGACAGUCCAGAAUGAUACAUCUACAGGUAACACAAACAGAAUAAACUUCAGCCAUAAAGCAUCAGUAGGGAACCAGACAUUUUCUGAUUUAAAGCUAAUGAAAGUAUUAAACACUGGAAACCUGUCAAAAUUCAAAAUUCCUUUAUGCAGAAACAAACCUGAAUCCAGGAAACUGGAACCUGUCCAUUCAUUUGAAAGAAAAACCUGUAGUCCACUGGAGGUUCUUGACAGCACUAGUGUUUCAAGAAGGCAGAAAACAGGUGAAGAGACUUCUUUGGUAAAUUCCGAGCAGCAGCCUCUUUCUGUCAUGAGUGAUGCUACAUCUACAGCUUCCGUGAAGAAAAAAGCAGUUGAGAUCAGCAGUAAUGACUUUAAGCAUGAUAGCUCUGAAAACCUUUCAAAUGAGAUGUCUGUGCUUCCUGAACAUUCUUCUUUAUAUCCACAUCCUUUUCUUGACAGACAACUAGAGUCAUCUGUGCCUGAUUUCAGUGGUACUGAAUGUGUGCUAAAAUCUAAUUUUCCUGAUCAUUCUUGGAAUGCAGUUCACCACCCUGUUGUAUUAGAAAUAAAUGAUGAUAGCAAAUCAAAAGGGAGUAAUUCGCAACACAAAAGUCAAGAUUUUCUAGAUACUGUUGAAGCUUAUGAAGAAGAUGUUCUUGUCAUUGAUGUGAUUCAGGAUGACCCGGACCUUUUUGGCACCAAUAAUGAAGAGGAGCUUGCAAUUGCAGACUGUGAAAAUUGUCCUGUGAAGGUAUCCUAUACUAGCAUCUGCAUUAAAGACGAAAAGGAGGAUCUUAAGCCUGAGUAUCCUGUUAUCUCAGAAAAUAGAGAUUCAGUAGAUGAUAAUUUUAGACACAUUACCCUACAAGAAUCUGGAAUGUCAAAUGAUACUGAAAAUUCCUGUGAUUGGGUGCUAAAAGCUAAAGAUAUUAAAACCCACAACUCCUCCAGAGGAAGCAGUCCUUUAGGAGGUGUUAUCAAGGACUUUCUUGAAGAUGGGCAACUGAGAGAACUAGAUGAACUUUUAAAGAGUUUUGACAUGGAUGAAAAGUUCAGUUUUGCAGACGGAGUGCCUGAUGUUAAACAAGAAAAAAAGGGUGAAGCUGAAAAAAGUGACUGUAAAUACAAAGAUCUUGUGAACUGUGAAUUGCUAUCAGGAUUGCCAUUGCAUGCCCCGAAAGUAAAUGUCCGCAGUGAAGCUACAGUGAUGAAACCCCAGGCAAAUGAUUACAGAUUUUCAGGAAAAAGUCCUUUGCCAUUGCAAAAUUAUGGAGAUUCUGAGCCAUGGAAGAUGGAAAAAAAUGGAAUUGCUUCUCAUUCAGUCCAGCGGAUCCUUGAGAUGAUUGAAUUGCCCCGUAAAUAUUGCAGAUUUUAUUUCAUGACUUUACGUGGGUGUGAAAGAGCAAAAUGUUGGUUUUGGCAUGUUCCUGAACACAGGGAUGAAAAGAUUUGCAUGGCAAUACUUAGGACAUACAUUAGUAUCAAAGAAUCAGGCCUUCUAAAACGUGCAGUCCAAAUAUUUGUGAAAUAUUACAGAGAAGUUACUCCUGGUGUGGAUUUUGCUUCUCAAGUGCUGAAUGAUCUUCUCAUUUCUUUGCUCAAGAACUGUUUGUUGCAGGAAGUAUUUCAGAUAUUGAAUGUAACUGUACAAAUCAACACACUGCCAGCUGUAGAUGUUCUUCUGAAAGUUUUUGAGCAUGUGGCUUCUUUGAAUAUAAGAGACGCUGUGCCUACGUUAAUCGGUACCUUUUGUAAGCUCAUUGAUGCUGGUAUGUUCCUUGAGUUUGAACAUUUUGACUAUAUUAUUAAGUUCCUUCACCAACUGCAAGUUUCCAGCCAGGAAAUAAAUAUUGUUUUGAGUAUAAAAUCCAGAUUUCAGGAAAGACAUUUUGAAAAGAACUGGCUUUUUGACUUCAACUUGGCAGUGGCUGAAAUUCAGCAUUGCAAGGAAAAAAGUGAUUGGACCAAACUCGGAGCUUUAUAUGUUACUGCAAGAACUGGAUGUGAACAUUUUGAUGAUCUUCAGAAAUUGUCUUUAUGUAUUGCUGAAAUACUAACCUGCAAUUCUGAGACAGACAGAUCAGGAGUUCCUUUUUGCGAUUUUGCUGAUGCAGUAAUAAAAAAUUCACAACAUAAUGAAGCAGACAGAAUUUUCAUUGGAAGGAUUGGGAUAAGUGUAAUGUAUUCUUAUCACAAAGUACUGCAGUGGAUAAAGGGAAGGAAGGUUUUGGAUAAAUUGCAUGAGCUACAGAUACAUUUUACAGUCUUGAAAGGACUUAUAGGUUCAGAGAGGUUAGCAUCAAGAUGUCAAAUUGUUAAUAAAGCUGCAGAAAUUUUUCUUAAAACUGGAAGCUUGGAUGGAGCGACAUGGGUAUUGAGAGAGUCAGAGUGGACCACAAAUGCACCAUUGUGGCCCUGUGAUAAAAUGGACAUUCUCAAUCGACAUAAUCUGUUAUGUACACUAGUGCACAAAUACUUGAGGAAGAGUUUAUACAGGCAAGCUUUUGAAGUUCUGCAGAACUUACCAGGUUUUCAAAAUCAUUCUGAUACUGUAGAUGUUUCUCAGUACAGCUGCCUUUUUAACAAGCUGAUAAAUGCCUGUUUUGAGAGCAAGAACCUUGGGGUCUCAUCUUCUGCAGUAGACUUCAUGCUUUCAAAAAACAUAGCUAUUGAUUUUUCUUUACUUAGAAGAUUAAUCACAGCUUUGGGAAGAAGUUCUUUGUGGUCUAAAGCUAGGACCUAUUACAAAAGUGCUUUAUCAUUGGGUUGCUACCCACCACUGCAGGGAAAUUUAUAUCACAAACUUUUGACGAUUCCGUCUUACCUGUCUGAGGUUGAGAUGCUGUUGGCCAUUGAAAUAUUUCUUGUUUCAAAUGCCAGUGAUAUUCAAAGUCCGAUGGCUACUAGUCAGACUCUUCAAAUAGUACUGAAAAGAUCUGAAGAUCAGACAGUUCAGAAUAACAGUGACUAUCAAGCAGCAGUGGAGAGACUGAUCCUGGCUGCUCGUGUAUCUGAUCCAAAGCUUUUUCUUAAGCAUAUGACAAUGAAUGUUAAUAUGGAAGAAGUUUACAGGUUGGAGCUUACAUCUGCUCUAAAAUGGCUUCAGGAGAAUAUGAAAUGGGCUGGGAAGAAAUUCCAUGUGCUAUACAGGACAAAACUCCAAUGUGGAAUGGAAACAAGCCUGGAAAGAUGA